CUGCAACGUGCACGACAGGGCAUCAAUGCUUUGUUACCCCCUCCAAUGCCUCAGUAAUUAACUAAUCAGUGUCCAUAAUCGGCCGUUGGAUUGACAAGUCAUCAUUGUUUGCUCUUGUUGCUUGCUCUCACUCAUGACUGCUGCUUGAAUUGUUCUCAUCCACCUCUUAUCUACAGAAAUCUCUCGACUUACCCCCCGGCAAGAUAUCUCUCAGGAUGUAUUUCUUGAAGUGAACCUGCAGUUACGGGGUUGCGAGCACUAUCAAUUCAUCUUACACAAGGCAUUUCUGGAUUCACAACCUCAUCAAGGCUCCCUUCCGGGGGUCCGAGAUGCGGUAUGGCCUCUAGCAUAUACUGGACCCGUGCCAACAUCAGCUCUUCUCAUCCUACUUGCGGCAUACUUUCUUUCAGAAAAAAGCUGACCCCGCGAUGUUCAUCCUCUCUAAACUGCUCCGUAGCGAGAAAUAGAGCAGCAAUUGGGACAUUUGGGAACUCAAUUGCUCGCAGCUUUUCUUCGCCCACGACAAGCCGAGCGAAGAAGCAAAAACUUGAUCGGGAUGUCAUUGUAUCCGUUCUAGAGUCAUCCGCCACAAGGCGAGAUGCCAAAGGCUAUCUUCAAAAAUAUGCUCUACCAAAGCCCACUUCCACAGCUGGAGCAUCGAAGCAAGUUGAGCAUCAGCACAAGCCUCUCUCAAAGCAGCUUCAAGCCCAACGGCCCUUCGAUGUAGCCAUUGUGGUCUUACGGAACCCUCAGAAACUACAGCCAGACACAAUAAAUGGAAUAGCCAAGACAUUAACCCAGCUUCGGGUUCUUGGCCUUCUGAGUGUUGUUGUUGUGGAUUGCGAUGUAGGAGAGAGCCGUUCCACCUUUCAGAACGAAGCUUUGAAGCUCUGUGAGGCUAUCGAUUCGUUUGGCAAACCAGGCGCUAGGCUGGUUGAACACAUACUUGUCGGUACUUCUCAUUAUCAUGGGGCUUCGCCUUCUCCUUUUUGGGAUGACAUAUAUGUUCACGAUUAUGGUAUCCUCAAUCGGGCACUUCAACAUAACAUGAUCACAGUAAUUCCAUCUCUUGCGCGGAACGAUGAAAUUACUUCACCCGCGCCUGCUGAUGCUCAAAGAACUUCUCUUGCACUAACGAGAUACUUUACGGGAAUCCAGUUCGAGCGAGAUCCCGAUCACAGUCAGAACGGGGGUUCUGGGCAGGGUGCUGAACCGCUUGCUUCUGUUGAAAGAGUCAUUAUCCUUGAUUCAUUCGGAGGUACUCCUGUGCCUGGUCGUCCCGGCGUCUGUCAGCGAUUUGUCAAUCUCGAGCAAGAAUAUGACACGCUUCAGAGUUAUCUGAAGGGUGAUGAAAGCUCAUCAAAAUCAGAAAACAGUCGAUCUGAGGAAGCAAAUAGAUCCCAUGCCAAAAACAUCAAGUUAGCAAGGGAUACUCUCUCUCUUUUACCAGAGACAGCUUCCGUUCUCAUAACUACCCCAUUCGCGGCCGCCAACACAUCAUCCAACUCUUCGCCCCUAGGGCUUUCUCCAACACGAAACGGCGAGUAUCAAUUCGGGUUUGAUGGGAUGGUCACGACUCGCAGAAAACAAAAUCCCCUGCUUCACAAUCUCCUCACUGACAAGCCGGUGUUCUCCCCGUCGUUGCCGCUCCAGCGCAUUCACUCUCCUGAUUUGGCAUAUUUGAAUACGACAGAGUCGAAUGAUGCAACUCUUGUCAAACGAGGUAUGCCAUUAGCCAUCUACCCCGAUCCAAGGAGGGCGCCAUGGAGUCCUCCGGCUCCUGGAGAGCGUCGUCUGCAGCUGUCAGACAGAGAGAUCGAUUUGAAGCGACUUGUCACUCUGAUUGAAGAUUCCUUCGGCCGCAAGCUAGACGUGGAUGAUUACCUGCGGCGAACGAAAGAAAAUUUGGCUGGGGUCAUCAUUGCAGGAGAAUACGAAGGAUGUGCCAUUUUGACCUGGGAGAAACCCAGCGACAUCGACCCUCGGGUGGCCUAUGAGCAGGGGCGCUUCGUUCCAUAUCUCGACAAAUUUGCCGUCCUCCGGAGCCGUCAAGGUAGUGGAGGGGUUGCCGACAUCAUUUUCAACGCCAUGGUCCGAGACUGUUUUCCUGACGGCGUGCUUUGGAGGAGCAGAAAAGACAACCCCGUCAACAAGUGGUAUUUUGAGCGGUCGGUAGGGACCAGUAAGCUGGCAGGUUGCAAUUGGGCGAUGUUUUGGACGACUCUGGAGCUGAGCGCCAGGGGACAGAAACUAAAAGAUUAUGAGGCAGUGUGUAGAGAUAUUAUGCCAUCGUGGGCAGAUAAUGUUCGUAACGGCAUGGAAUAGCAAGAUAUUAUGGAACGAAGCAAGCAAAACAUUGUAAUGACGUCACACGCUGCCCUGUCACAUUCCGUAUGGCUCAUCGUCAAAGUAAUUUU